AUGUUCGCACGUGGAGUGGUUGUGCUAUUAGUGUUUGUAAUAUCGGGACAAUGUGUUUUACGAAAAGAUCGUCAGUACUGGGAAGAGUUAGGUGCAAACGAGAUAGAAGAAGCUCUGGCUAUAAAAAACAACUUAGGUGUUGCCAAGAAUGUGAUUCUCUUCAUCGGUGAUGGGAUGGGAGCUCACACCGUGACUGCCGCGCGUAUACACAAGGGAGGGGAAGGACAUAGGUUGUCCUUCGAAAAGUUCCCUCAUAUAGGUUUGUUAAAGACAUACUCUGCGGACAAAAUGGUUCCGGAUUCUGCAUCAACAGCCACAGCUUUGCUGGGUGGCGUCAAGACUAAUCACAAGACUUUAGGAGUAGACGCGAGUGUAUCCAAUGGGGAUUGUGAAGCAUCCUUACGACCUGAAGCUAAGGUGGAGUCAUUGGCAGCACAUGCUUUGAGGGCAGGAAAGGGGGCAGGUUUUGUUACAACGAUGAGAGUGACACACGCAACACCAGCCCCAGUGUACGCAUUCAGUUCUGAUAGGAACUGGGAGUGCGACGCCUUGACACCUGCCAACUGCAAAGAUAUUGCCCGUCAGAUGAUCGAAGAUUGGCCUGGACGAGAUCUGAAUGUAAUUCUUGGAGGUGGACGUCAAAGUCUGAUACCAAAUGCGACGGCGUUAGAAAACGACCCUCUUAGUAACUGGGCCUGCUCCAGAAAAGAUGGUAGAAACCUCAUCGAGGAUUACAAAAAGAACAAGAAGAGCCGAGGGCUGAACUAUACCUUCGUUAAUAAUACGGAACAAUUGAAGAGCAUUCCGGAAGACACAGAUUAUUUAUUUGGAAUAUUUGCCAACGCUCAUUUGCCAUAUGAGUUCCAGCGAACACCUGAAUCGCCGUCAAUCGUAGAUAUGACAGAGGCCGCAAUAAAAGUUUUACAACGGAAUGAAAACGGAUUCUUCCUUAUGGUUGAAGGUGGAAACAUAGACAUGGGUCACCAUAGGGGUAGAGCACGCACAGCCAUAGACGAAGCCUUAGCUAUGGAGGAGGCUGUAAAACUCGCUUAUAACAUGACCGAUCCCAGUGAUACUCUAAUAGUGGUGACAUCAGACCACGCGCACUCCAUGACCAUUAAUGGACAUCCCAACCGCGGUGACGAUAUCUUUGGUACUGUCGGUCCGUCAAGGGCAGACGGCCUUAACUACACGACGAUAGCGUACGGCACUGGUGGGCCUGGCUCCCGUCAAUAUGAGAUCCAGGUCGUAAACGGCACAAACCAGAUAGUGCGGCGAGACCCUAUCCAAGAUGACACCACAGACUUUAUGUACGAGCAAAUAUCUGCUAUAACUCUAGAUGAGAACAAGCACGGUGGAGGAGAUGUAGGAGUUUACGCUAGCGGUCCAUAUUCCCACCUAUUCCACAACGUACACGAACAACAUUACGUAUACUACGCAAUAUCGUACGCAGCAAGAAUGGGCAAGUACGCUGAGCGACCUACCGUCUCCGGCGCAUUCUCAAUGCAGGCACAUCUUCUCCUAUACUUCAUGUCUUUGUUAUUAGUAUUAAUUGCUGUUAUAUAG